AUGUAUAGUAAUGGUAUUUCUAUUAACAAGGACCAAAUUGAUAAUAAAAUUAAAGACAAACUCACAGAACAAACUAAUUUAAUGCAAAUAAACAAGAAAAUAAUUGAUCAAUAUGAAGGAGAAUGUCGAUACUAUGUGUUAUGUUUGAUAGUAAAUUCUGAAAAAAAAAUUUGUAUGAGUUAUAGAAAUAAUCCUAGUAAAGAUUAUUAUACAUAUUAUCAAAUAGCAAGAGAUGGUUUAGAACCAUAUGAAUCAUUUGUUGAUUGUGUUAUGCGAGAAGUAUUUGAAGAGACCAAAUUAGAUUUGAAAGAUUUUCAUUUUAUUAUAUAUGAUAAAGAAUUUC